AGACAUUCUUGAGUCGGACCCAAAAACAGGCCUCAUGAAACUGACCACCUUAUAUUCAAAAACAUGUUCCAGCUUCUUGGGUGCAAUCUGAUCUCCAAACGGUCUCUUACAAAUAUUACGACGCUGAGCCUGCAGCCACCAAAAGUCGAUCGGCAGACGAGGACAUCAAGAUGUCUUGGGUCGAUUGUUGUCGUUCUUUCGCCCGGGUCACAUCGUACUCUGGGUACAACAAGGUUUCAAUCGACUCGUUCAGGUCGCCCCAUCUGUAAAUUUAUCAACGCCGCCUCUUUUAUUGGGAAACCAGUUUCAGAUCGAGAGCUAUCGGAAUCCGCUGCAUCAAGACGGAAGACCCCCACUAGAUUUGGCAAGUGGGUGGAAACGGAGAAGCAGAACUGGAGCGAAGAGUUUUUAAGAUGGUGUCCCGAAGACCGGCCUCGGAAGUACGAAAGGAUGACCAACUCUGGCCACGAUUGGUGGUUCAUUAAUCAUUCGACUGUCGACCCUGCUAGGCCGACAUAUCUGGGAGUGGCUGAUGGGGUCGGAGGGUGGGCGGAGGGUGGGACUGAUCCGGCGGAAGUCUCGCAGGGCAUCAUGUUUCACGCCGAUCGGAUAUUGGAGGAUCCAUCAGCUCAGCAGACGGAUGAAGGACCGAAAUCAGUACUAUCCAAAGCGUUCCAAGCAACGCUGAAGGAUGAACAGGUCCGUGGAGGAGCGUCGACUGCUUUGAUCGCCCGACUCGACCCAAACACCGCUGGUCUUCAUUGGGCUAAUCUGGGCGACUCAAGCAUGAUCCACAUCCAAGCCGGGGCGGAGAAAGUGGGCACCCAGUCGAAAGCGCAGACGCAUUUCUUUAACUGUCCUUACCAGCUCACCAAGUUCCCGAGGGGAUAUCCGAGCCAAGACUUCGUCGCCGACACGCCCGAGAUGGCCGACUCGGACACGCAGACCCUCCAGGACGGCGAUCUGGUCCUGCUCUUCACCGACGGGAUCGGCGAUAAUCUGUGGACCGACGAGAUCCGCUCCCUCGUUCGCUUGGUCAUCAACAGCAAACCAUCUUGGAACGAUCCCGAGCUCGUCCAAGCCCUUGCCCAUACAAUAUGCGAUUGCGCGCAGAGAGCUAGCUUUCAAGAGAAUCGAUCGACACCCUUUGAAGCCUACGCUGUCAAACAUGGGAUCACUGACUUGAAAGGCGGAAAGGUUGAUGACAUCACGUUGGUCGUUUCCCUAGUGAGGUAUCUGACUUAACCUUCAUCUCUCAUGCUUGACUGGCCAAAAGUAAGUAGCAAGGAAGGAGCCAGCUGCAGACAGUAAUAUCCACCACUAAUAUAGAGAUCGAUGGGAGUCCCAGUGGAAGAUCCAUGUUGCUUGAAUCAUGUUCUUUGAGCGUCAAGAAUCAAUCAUCAAAGAAGACCAUCUUCUUUUGAUUCUUUCUUUGUUCAAUAAAAAAAAAUCACUGGGCUUUUAAUCUAGAUGGCAUCGAUUUAGUGUGGCAGUUGUUGUUCAAUCAAGACUUGUGAAUUGAUGGAAGGGUGAAUGUCUCAUAAGAUUGGAUUGCCAACAAC